UGGGUGCCUGGUUAGGAACAGACAUUACAGGAGAAAAAGACUAGAAAGGAGAAGGAGAUGGGCGGGUUUUGAUGGCGAACCCUCAACAACUUGGGAUGGCCCAGAACCAGGGAUUUGGUUUCGGAUCUCCGGUGAUGAACAAUGGUUUCGGAUCUCCGGUGAUGAACAAUGGAGCGAAUCAUGCCGGUGUGGUGAUGUGCUUCCUCUGUGGGAAGCAAGGGCAUUACGCUAGGAAUUGCUGGGCCGCUGGGAACGGUCGUCCCACGCUAGGAUUGCAACAACAGGAUACGCAGGGCACUGAUGAGAUAACGAAUGAGAUGAAAGCUUAUUUUCGGAAGAAGAUCCAGAAACAGAAGAAAGAAGAGGAGAAGAGGGAGGAGGAGUAUGAGGAGAAAAAGAGAAGAGAGGAGGAAAGCAGGAAAGAGGCAGAUAGGAUAAGGGAAUUCGAAGCUAGGGAAGCUCGUCUGGAAGCUAAGUUGGUUAGAUUGCUGACUCAGCACUGGAAACCCACGGACAAUAGCAUGCCUUCGGGGCCGAGGAAGAAAUCUCCACGGACGAAGGCCAGGGUGCUGAGGGAAAUGAGGAGUUACUUUGACGAGUCCGAGGAUGAUAGCGAGGAGGUAAGAGAAGAGGCGGGGAAACUUAUUGAAGCGAUUGAGAGCCCGAAGGGUAAGAAGAGAGUACCAGAGUGGGAAGGUCGGAUAUCCGCGGCAAGAAUGAGACCCGCAAGAGCAGCUGUUGUGAUCAAUGUGGAAGACGAUUUGCCCGGAAUGAUGCACACCCCCCAGCCGAAGAGAAAGGAUGCGAAUAACGGAGCAGCGGGGGGAGAAAUGCUUGAGUAUGUUCUGGGUCUGCACCGCCAGCUCUCGGCCAAAAAAGUUCCCGAGCUUCGGAAGAUAUGCAACCAGGAAGGCAUUGAAUGGACAAAGAAGGAAGUGGCAAUCACCGAACUGGUCAGGUGCAGGACGAGAUUAGCCUACAAUGAGUUUGCCGAACCGAGCCAAGCCUCGCCUCUUUCUGGUAAGUGAACAUUAGAUCGAUAGCCCUUGGAGAUG